AUGCAGCACCUUUCCCUGAAUGAUGGAAACUCAUCAUCGUCUCACAGCUCAGUCAACACAGAGGUCCUGUCUCGGACCGGCUACACAAUACUGUCCAUUAUCAUGGGUGUGUUCUCUUUGGCGGGGAUCAUCCUCAAUGUCCUGGUGAUCGUGGUGACGGUGAGACACAGACAGCUGAGGCAGCCGCUCAGCUACGCCCUGGUGAACUUGGCCGUAUGUGACCUGGGCUGUGCAGUAUUUGGAGGUCUGCCCACCACAGUAACCAGUGCCAUGGGAUACUUCAGCCUGGGACGUCUGGGCUGCACGUUAGAGGGCUUUGCUGUAGCCUUUUUUGGUAUAGCAAGUCUGUGUACAACAGGAGUAAUUUCUGUUGAACGCUACAUAGUGGUGUGUUAUCCCAUGGGUGCUGUCUUGUUCCAGACCAGACAUGCUGUUGCUGGAGUGGUGCUGUCUUGGCUGUGGUCGUUUGUGUGGAACACACCACCUCUGUUCGGCUGGGGAAGCUAUGAGCUGGAGGGUGUCAACAUCUCCUGCGCCCCUAACUGGUACAACCGGGAUGUCGGAAACAUGUCCUACAUCAUCAUGUACUUUCUCCUUUGCUUUGCUGUGCCCUUUUCCAUCAUCAUGGUGUCUUAUUUACGACUUCUGUGGACCCUCCACCAGGUGACCAAGCUGCAGGUAUCUGAGGCUGGCAGCACAAACUGCAUGGAGGUGCAAGUGGCACGCAUGAUAGUGGUGAUGGUGUUGGCCUUCCUUGUGACUUGGCUGCCGUAUGCUGCCAUGGCCCUCGCUGUCAUCCUGGACCCCAGUUUAAAUAUCAACCCCAUCAUCGCUACAAUACCUGUUUACUUGGCUAAAAGCAGCACCGUCUACAACCCCAUAAUAUAUAUUUUCAUGAACAGACAGUUUCGAGGAUACGCUGUUCCCAUUGUCCUGUGUGGAUGGAAUCCGUGGGCCUCAGAUCCACAGACAUCUGAAGAUGAGACCACAGUUGCUUCACCCAACAAGAACCAAAGAGUCUCACCGAAAGAAUCUUUGAAAGAAUAAAAGUCUCCCCUUUGUGUCAUUAUGAGGCAGCACCUGAUCAUCAGAAUUACUGGACUGCAAGGAAAUUUUAA